AUGUCAUUCAGUUUCUUUCCAAAACUUUUUGAAAAAAAACAACGCAAUGCAGCUUCUUGUAUUAGCGAUACUCAUAGUUGGUGUUGUGGCAGCGAAUGCUUUUACACUGCUCAUUGUAGUGCACCGCUUCAACUCGAUAAUAAUUUAAAUACAAUUGCCCAAAAUUAUGCUGACUAUCUCGCUGCUAGAAAUAUUUUCCAACAUUCAAAUAAUGGUUAUGGAGAAAAUCUUUACAUGACGAGUAGCUCAGCGCCUAUACAAUCUUUAUCUGGAACAGGAGCAACUCAAGCAUGGUACGACGAAAUCGAUUAUUACAACUUCAAUUCACCAGGAUUCUCAUCGAGCACUGGUCAUUUCACUCAGGUUGUAUGGAAAACUAGUACGAAACUUGGCGUUGGUAUUGCUUUCUCUCUCGAUGGACGUAGAGCUUAUGUUGUUGCUAAUUAUGACCCACCAGGAAAUUAUAUGGGACAAUUUGCUCAACAAGUAGGCCGUCCUGGUUGUUAA